CACAGAAAUACUCUUUACAUGUGUGGCAGAGUGAUCAGAGAGAACUUGAUGUUUCUUUCAUGGAGUUACAGUCCUAUCUGUGGUCAUAGAGACAAGAGGAUCAUCCAGCAUUGAACAAUGGUGGUUCAUCUGUUGGUGUUCCUACUUUCAUGCAGGAUUCAAGCAGUUGGAGCUCAGAUGAAGCUGUCACCUGAAACAUUAACCGUCCUACGAGGGGAGGAGGCCCGCUUUACGUGCAGCACCUCCAACACCCAGUGGACCGUUAUGGUGUGGCUGCUGGACGGCACAGUGGCACUCACCAUCUCAAAGUUGCAUGGUGUCCUGCCAUCCACCAACACUAAUGUGACAGCUGAGAAAAGCCAUUUCUCAAAAGACAGCUGGGUAUUUGUCCUGAAGAGCACAGAGAGGAACAACCAGGGACAAGUGACCUGUGACCUCCAGGACUUUGAUAGGAAAACAGCAAGCCUGUUUGUACAAGAAAAGGGCAGCGUGAAAGUCUUUGGGGACAAUAAGUUGGCUUUCCAGGGCCAGUCAGUGCUGUUUGAAUGCCAAGCAGUAGGCUGGUACCCUGAGCCCAGUCUGCAGUGGCAGGUGAACGACAGAAAGGUGAGCCAGGGUGAAUACAACAUCAGCAGUGAAGAGUCAGGGAAGAGCCUCUUCACUGUGAGCAGCAACCUCAGUGUGACGGCGGCAAAGAGCUCUUAUGUGUGCUGUCUGGCCUCCGUGUCUGCCCUCCCCACGCCACUGAAGAGCAGCGUCCGCCUGACAGUGGUUGCAGAGGUGGUGCAGGAAGGAGAUGACUGCACAGUCCCGCUGGCAGUAACGGCCUCCCUCUCUGCUCUGCUGCUGCUCCUCCUGCUCUGCAUCUGCACUGUCCUCUGUUACAGACAAAGGAGACAAGCAAAACCAAGUCCACAGGCGGCUAUAUGGUUCGACCAAUCAGAGGUUGGGAAACGCUCGGUUGCUGAGGUGACAGCGGGGGAGGUCAACCUGGGAUACUCUAGCGAGGGCCCCACAGAUGCAGAUUACAAUGCGGUAAUCACGGCAACUCAUAGCCAGAUGGACUUUGCCAGCUUUCGCAAGGCCCCUGAUGUUGUGCACUGCAGCAGCCUGUCUGUACACAGUGAGAGCCAAGAGGAGGAAAACUACAAGAACAUCAAGAGAAUUACCACAGUUUGAAUAUGUUUAUUAUGAUGUUAUUUGAUGUAAUAAACAUGAUGAAAUGUUAUUGAAAACAGUGUAUUAUUCUGAUGCGCUCACCAGUGUUUGUAUUAUAUAACUGACAUUUUUAUAAAGGUAGGUGCUAAUAUUAUGUGAUCUUGAGCUGUACAGCACGGUUUCUGCAAAGAUAUUAUCACCUUUGGUGUUUUUUAAUGAA